AUGGGGUUGGCGUGGGGAAUGCUGGAACAGCGCAAGGCUGGACGUGCAGGCAUCGUGGGUCUUCUGGGUAAAUGGAAGCCAUGCAGUGGCGCCAAUCAUGCUGUCAAAGCGUAUGUUUCAAAAUCUCAUUGGUUCGGUUUUACAGAUGAGAGCUUUGUGCUUGAUUAUGUGGGUAACUGCUCUGCAGUGGGCUGGCCCCUUGCAGUGAGCCCUGAUCUCCAUAGUGGAGUUGGUGAUCUGCGUACCCCUGGAUAG